AUGUUAGCUGAAGGAAAUCAGAGUUCUGGAGCCACAUUCAUCCUCUUGGGUUUCUCAGAAUAUCCAGACCUCCAAGUGCCCUUGUUCCUAGUCUUCCUGACCAUCUACACAGUCACGGUACUAGGGAACUUGGGCAUGGUCAUCAUCAUCAGGAUGAACCCCAAACUCCACACCCCCAUGUACUUUUUCCUCAGCCACCUAUCCUUUGUUGACUUCUGUUUCUCUACAGUAGUGACACCCAAACUGUUGGAGAACCUGAUUGUGGAAGACAGAACCAUUUCCUUUGCAGGAUGCAUCAUGCAAUUCUUCUUGGCUUCUAUAUUUGUAGUAGCAGAAACAUUCAUGUUGGCAGUCAUGGCCUAUGACCGAUUCGUGGCCGUUUGUAACCCUCUGCUCUACACAGUUGUCAUGUCCCCAAAACUCUGUGCAUUACUAGUAGCUGGACCCUACACAUGGGGUAUAGUCUCUUCCCUGACGCUCACCUAUUUUCUCUUGGCAUUAUCCUUCUGUGGAUCUAACGUCAUCAACAAUUUUGUCUGUGAGCACUCUGUCAUUGUCUCUGUCUCCUGCUCUGACCCUUUUCUUAGUCAAAUGCUUUGUUUUGUCAUAGCCAUAUUCAAUGAAGUGAGCAGUCUGGUCAUCAUCCUCACUACUUAUAUAAUCAUCUUCAUCAUGGUCAUGAAAAUGUCUUCUUCUGGUGGGCGCCAAAAAGCUUUUUCUACCUGUGCCUCCCACCUAACCGCCAUUACCAUUUUCCAUGGGACUGUCUUGUUCCUUUAUUGUGUACCCCAUUCCCAAAACUCAUGGCUUAUAAUCAAAGUAGGCUCUUUAUUUUAUACAGUGGUCAUCCCCAUGCUGAACCCUUUGAUUUAUAGCCUUAGAAACAACGAUGUGAAGGAGAGUGUCAGAAAGUUAAUGAAUCACCAAAUACAAUUUUGUUGA